GAUUACACGAAUUACCUAUACGAGUUAUUCCAUCGCCCUUAGCUCAGUAUUAGGUCAAAUCUAACUUCAUUUUUCUUUUGUAGGUUCUAAAAUCUAGUCAUUAAAUCGCAUAUAAACAAGAAAAUUUAAGGUCCGUGAUGUUGAAGAAUAUGUCUGAGCAGACGGGCAGUGUAGACACAGAAAAGGACGGUUCUAAGACUACAGCCGAAAACGAAAAGAAUGCAGUGUACGAGGCGGUCAAGUCUCUUGGGCAGCUUCCUUGGGAAUUUUUGAAUGGCUCGUCACUACCCGUGAAAGAGCUCGCUCAGAGAAUCUUCGCCCACCCGAUUAUCAGCGACUUUCUCAUCCGCUUAUCUCGCUUAGAUGUGUUCUCCAAAGAGCUGGCAAGCUCUUUCAGCAGUGAUCUGGAGUCGCUCCUGCUCAUCAGGAAACUUAAGUAUUUCUACAAUCAGCCAACCGUCGCGGUACUCCAGCAACUUGCUAGUCUGGUGCCAAGAACUGAUGCCGAUGCUGAAGCAAUUUCAAAAUGGAACGAAAUCGUGGAGUUGUUUGCCGCCGAUUCCACAACUGGUACAACGCCAGUGCGACGUUUACUCCAAGAAAGAGGCUGCCCGGAAUGCUACUUGGAGAAUGAAGAACAUCUGUUGAUGGUCGAUCCGCACGCCGUAUACCCUACAUCUAUUUAUCGCAGGUGUGAGGGAGACAUUGUGGCCAAACCCGACGCAUCUCUGGUGGAGUGCACCAUGAGAUAUACUCUGACGACGACUGCUAAGAUUGUUUACGAAGUGUUGAACCCAACCAACCCAGAGUUAAAAAAUGUGUAUCGGCCACUUGGAAGGUGUGUAGCAGUUAUUGACAACAAAGUCGAAAACACCUAUGGCGAGGCAAUACAGACUUAUUUUGACGCGAAUUCCGUGAAGCUGCAAAAGGUUGUCAUCCCUGCCAGCGAAGUUGACAAAGAUAUAACCACAGUGCAGAAUGUCUUAGUUCAGCUGAGGAAGUUGCGACUCAAGAGAAAUGAACCUGUUCUUGUUGUCGGUGGAGGCGUCAUACAUGACGUUAUUGGCUGUGCCACCUCUCUCUACCAUCGUAAUACACCUUACAUCAUGCUAUCAACAAGCGUUGUGGCUGGCAUCGACGCUGGACUGUCCCCUCGCACAGGGUGCGACGGAUUCGGUUUCAAAAACCUGUUUGGGUCGUAUCAUCCCCCUGUUCUGACGUUGACGGACAGAAGCUUCUUUCACACGCUACAUCGCGGCUGCCUGCGUCAUGGUAUCGCUGAAAUCGUCAAGAUAGCGGUGGUUAAGGACGAGGAUCUUUUCUGCCUGUUAGAGCAAGAAGCGACCAAUCUUUUGAGUACUAAGUUUGGCAUAGAGAUGCAAGACUUCCAAGGGGAUAAGAAGGCAUUUGAAAAUGUCUGCGAUCUCAUUAUUGGCAAAGCUCUUGAAUAUUACAUGAGAUCCGAGUACAGCAAUAUAUGGGAAACCCACCAGUGCCGACCACACGCAUAUGGUCACACAUGGAGUGCUGGUUACGAGCUCGCUUCAGGGAUGCUCCACGGUCAUGCUGUAGCGACCGGCAUGGGCUUUGGUGCGUAUCUCUCUUUUUGUAACAGCUGGAUCACACAACAUGAGCUGAAUCGUAUUUUGAAGCUGCUAAGCGACCUGGAAUUGUCUCUAUGGCACCCAAUCAUGAAGGAGACAGAAACGCUGUACAGGGUCCAGGAAAGCGUGAUCGAGAAGAGAGCUGGCAACUUGGUCGCACCUGUUCCUAAAGGCCUGGGAAAGUGUGGCUACAUUAACGACAUGCCCUACAAGCUCCUUGACAAGAGGCUGGGAGAAUAUCGGGAGAUCUGCCAGCGGUACCCCAGGCAGGGAGUGGGCAUUGAAGUCCACUGCAAAGAUAUUGGUCUUGAUGAUCCAGCCACUGUGGGAAACGUCAACAAAGACCUUCCCAAGGACGACGUCCAGGAUGGUGCUUUGAAAAAUUGCUUGCAAUAUAAUGAGAAAAUGGAAGAAUAAAGAAAGGUAUCACUGAUCACGGGGUUCCAUGGUAAAUAUAGAAUCAUUCCCGUCUCUAUGUGUACGAACCUCGCAAUUGUCGAGCAGCAUGUCACAUAUAAUCAUUCCGCGGUUUCGUUAGGAUAGAAAGACUGUCGCGAAACAUGCAAUAUAGAAUCAUUCCUGGCCCUAGUACACGAUCGAAACUCGCUGUUUCUUACAGGAAAAAAGGUUGCCUAGCAACACGUUGCAAACAUAUGGCGAUAAGCAGAUGCGGAUGUCUACGUUAAAAUCAUGGCAUUACUUGUGAUUUAUCUUUAAAGCUCUAAACAGUGGAAGACACUGAUGUUAUUCAAUAUCACGUAAGGAAAACACGCGGAAAGGUGCACACGCAAUAAUUUCACCUACAAGUUACCCUGUUUUAGUUUUGUCUCAAAGAUUUUCUAUCACUUAGUAUUUACUAUGAAUAUCUAAAAACCGCAGUUGUCAACACGUCAGCAAAAAUGGUUGAAGUCGACGUAGGAGCAUUUAAGUCCAUGGAGUAAAGUAUAUGUUCAACUUUAUUUUAUCUUGCCCUUCAAUGCCGUCUGUAAUUAUUGCAGUGCUAUUUUCUUGAUACAUUACAGGGACUGAGGACACCGUUCAAAGAAACAGACAUUUAGAAAGAAUCCAUUUCAGUCUUAUACUACAGUAUUCAGUGAAUAUAGUACUUUUUGCAUGCUCUGAUCAUAGUCAGGAUCAUUAUGGAGCCUUUGUCAUGAAAAUGACUUCGAAUGUCAAAACCUAAAAGACAUAUGCUAAUUGCUAGAAACCUAAAAAUUAUGAACAAGUUUUUUUACAAGUCACUAAAUAAGUGCACUGAAGUCGUAAAAAUGGCCGCUAUAAUGGGUUACGCAUGCGCCAGGUUGUGGCAGACUUAGGGUCACGGUGUUCUAGGAGUAUUUUGUCUACGAUUUAAGGUGCUUUGUGAUCAUUUCAGCACUGUUACCUUUUGGCAAAACUGAAUGCAGCAAAGGAUCCAAGAGAGUCAAUUUACUGCUAAUAAAUGACUAUGUCGGAGUGGCUAUUUUUUUAAUUUUCUUAGUUUAUAACUGCAGUCUUGUUUUGUUUUCUUGUCCUUGAACGAAUUCUUAUGAAAAAUUUGAUUGCAAUUCUUGUGAAUCCAAAACAUAACAAGUAGUAGGAGACUUCGUGUUGAUGAUAUAUUUUCUGCUUUAUAGAUUGUUUUCACAUGACAUCACAGCCAUAUUGGCCAUAUUGGUGUUCCCAAAACAAUAAAAAGGCGGCCAUUUUGGUGUA